GUUACCUGAGAAAGAGCCGUGGAUUAAAAGACACUUACUACAAAGAUCCGGAUAUCAAACCACAAACAAAUCUGACGUCACAGCAGCUGAUGAGGUUUGCUUGGCAAAUUGCUGAUGGAAUGAGUUACUUGACCUCAAAAUCUAUCAUUCACCGAGACCUUGCAGCCCGCAAUAUUUUGGUUGGACAAAAGGAAACGUGUAAAGUGACAAACUUCGGAAUGGCCAGAGAUGUGCAGCAGGAAAAUAUUUAUGAACGAAAGACUAAGGGCCGUAUUCCCGUGAAGUGGACAGCUUAUGAGGCCUUGUUGUAUGGUAAAUAUACCACCAAAAGUGACGUAUGGAGUUAUGGAGUUUUGUUGUACGAGAUUUUCACCAUAGGCGGUACACCUUACCCACGUAUGGAUGGAAGGAAAGUUGCAGACCUACUUCAGGAUGGAUACAGGAUGCCUAAACCACAACAUCUGGAUGAAAACUUGUAUGAGAUCAUGAUGCAAUGCUGGAAGAAUGACCCACACGCAAGACCAACCUUCACUGAAUUGAAAAAUCAGCUCAAGGACAUGGAAACCCAACACAAGAAACUGAUCAACAUGAGAAUGUACGACAAGCAGUUGUCUGCAAACGUCGAGGAUUUAAUAGUGUAGUUUACGGUGUAUGACUGGCUAACAGUUUGAACACUUCGCGACAACAAGUUUCAGGGAUUAAUCAUGUUUGCCUUACACGCCUACUUACUCCAAUUAGACUGGAACGUUUUAAUCCAAUUGAUUUUAUAUUCUCAAACGCUGAAACGCUUUUAAUACGUUUACCGAUAAAGUAUACUAUAGUUUUCCCUUCCAGGUAUUAAACACUUACACUUAUGCUUGACACAAGCGUUUGUGUUCGGUUUAUUUUCUGGCUCAAUUCUGAAAGGCAGGACAGCGCGGAGAAAAAUUCAAUUUUCAAUAUUGACGAGAUCUUGCUCUGAGUGCCAUGGUUGUGUACAAUUUGAGGAAAUUGCCACUGAGUCGUCUUGGCUUUGAAAAAAAGUGAAUUCACUCAAAAUUAUAUGUAAAUUGUUGUGAGGUUUUUGCUAUGUGAGACAUGGCUUUCUGACCAGAGGUCCAGGUCUGUUGAUCAUCAAUAACACAUACUUGUCAAACCGGGUGGUUUCUCCUUCCACUUCAGUUUCUGCUGAAACAACAGCUAGUUCUAACGGCGCAAUAUAAAAAGCGAUGCAACCAAAUGAUGUCACAAUAAUUGGACCUCCCGCCAAACUCAAAAGAUCAAACCCUAAGCAAUUUCAUUGAAUUGGUUUGGGUGUAACCAAACCCUAACUCUAAGUUUUGAUCUUGAUUAGGAAUUUUAAGAAUAUUUAAGUCGUGCUUUUGCAGCAGAGGAAUCGAUUAAAACUGAGAGGUCGGAUACAUGCGAGACUAAACAAUCGAAAACAGCGGUUGCGAAGGAGAGUACAG